AUGCAGAGGACGUUCAGCAUCCCUCGGCGGAUUUGGGGAUUUGCAGGGGGUGGGAGCGGAGGCAGAAAGCAGCUCCAGGGAUUGGAGCUCCAUGCAGGAGUGGUGGCUCCUCAGCUGCUCUCCGUCCCUCCCAGCAGAGAGCAGCAGAUCGUGCACGGAUCGGAGCGCCCUGGAUGUGGCACCUCCUGCAGGAUUGUCACUGCUGCUUUUUAUGUGAGCAAGAACCUAAUUAUGAUUUCACAAUUUGUGCACUGUAAACUCAAGAAUCAGAAGGUGACAAAAGGCAGUCCCAGCCUGAGGAAUUCGGGCACAGCCUGGAUUGUAGGGUGUGGAGCUCUGAGUGUCACUGCCCUCUGGUCCAGCAAUAACUCUCCUGACCUGAUUGAAAUGCCAGGCUUCAUUUGUGGCUCUGUGUGUCCUGUGUUGCUGGGCAGCAGAUUCCCUCAGCUCCAUAAAAACCUGAGUGGCUUUUUGAGAAGAUGCACAGAAGGCACCUUUUACCUGCUCUUUGCCUUGGCCAUGAUGGGAAACUGCACCUGUGGACUGAGCCUUGUUCUAAAGAUGCCAAACCCCAAAUCCUCCUGGGCCCUCUGCUUUGUUCACCACCUUCCCUGGCUCACUGGGAGCUUUGGAGUUUUGUUCCUUGAUAUUUUGCCAGGGGAUGGGAAGGCAGAAGAAGCUCUUCCACAGUCGGUGAUCCCAAAGUGCAUCGAGCUGGACACGGAGCACGGCUCUGCCAGCACCAAACCCCGCUGGCACCCACGGGCCAUGGAGACCACAGGUCAUCACAGCUGA